AGUGAAGAGCGCGCGUGUGUGUACCUUCCAUCGUUCCUACAUUCCUAGCUCCAACUCCCAAAGACACAACCCUAGUUCUCUCUCUGCAUUCUCCUUCUCCAUGCCCUAAGGUCAUAGAGCGUCAAAGUAGGAAAAGAGGCCAUCCCUAGCCAUGGCGGUUUAGGCUGUUGAAAUCGUACAACCAGUGUGUGUUUUUUUUUUUUUUUUUUUGGUCAUCAACUCACCGAGUCUUCCAAAACUCAAUACCACGAGUUUGGAUCGGCUUUUUGAUUCUUUCGAAAAUUAAUCAUGCUGGGUCGCCGAGUUGCCGUCUCCAUAUCGUUGUUCGUCGUUGGUAUUCUGCUAUUGCUGGUUGGUUUUCUCUCAGGUCUGGGCAAUUACAGUGGUUCCACUGGAGCAAGGUCGCUGAGUUUGGGGGGCAGCAACAACACACUCACUGCAAUGCACCGCAGGCUUCUUCGUCAUGCAAAAGCAGUGGAGCAACCGGACCGCAUUUGGGGGGAAAAGUGUACCAAGUCGGAUAUAGUGAUAAACCAAGGACCCACUGGCCCACUCCCAAGUGGCAUCCCAACCUACACCGUUGAGAUCAUGAACGUGUGUGUCACGGGUUGCGACAUCUAUGGGAUUCACCUCAGCUGUGGCUGGUUCAGCUCUGCUCAUCUCGUCAACCCCAAGGUCUUCAAGCGCCUUCGAUAUGAUGACUGUUUGGUUAACGAUGGGAAGCCCUUGAUCAAUGGUGGAACUCUCUCUUUUCAGUAUGCCAAUACUUUCCUCUACCCACUAUCAGUCUCCUCCGUCAUCUGCUCUUAAUAACAGCUAUUAUCUCACAAACAAAGCAUUAUUAUAAGGAAAAAAAAAAAAAGAAAAGAAAAUAACCUCAAAGACGUAUAAAAAUGGAAAAUCCAAAUUCAAAGUUAGGAUUAAUUUGGUAGUUGGUAGUUGAUAAUGAGAUCCGUGCAUUUUGGCUUUUUCUUGUGGUGCUCUGCUUUUGAGCUAUAUCAUUUGAUGUUUUGUGCCAUUGUUGGAGUUUGGAGUUUGGUUUGGGGGUUUUUGUAUAUUGGAAAUGGUUGUAUUUUGUUUUGGGUCGUGGGCAUGGAUGGUUGCAGAGGAGAAGAAGGGUGCAGUUUGCUAUUGAUAUUAAUGGUAACUGAUAAGAGGAUUUGGCUUGAUACCGGGUAUGAUAUAUAUAUAUAUAUAUAUAUUUUGGGUCAGUAACAUGUAUAUAGUAUACACUAUAAGGUAGUUUACAUCCGUUGGAAACAGAGAGAUUAGAAGAGGAUCAUGACAUAUGAUGCUGUAGCAGCAGCCGUAAACUCCUCCCUCAGGACACUGUAGCGUUGCCCAUGGGGACGGGGUAGCCCCGACUUGAACCUAUAUAGUAAGAGGAAUGCUUCCACUUGUUAGUUUUUGAGUAAGCCGGACGUGGUAAAAGAGAAUGUUUUCUUGUUUCCCACUCUCUGAUCUGCUUGCCAAUUGUUUUUGGACAUAAUAUCACAUAAUAUAGCUUACCACCGAUAUUUUGUUUGCAGUAAUUGCUUCAA